UCUUGUCACAUGAAUUACCUACUAUCAGUAUAAAAAUGUACUCUGUGGGUACCUAUAUUAUUGGUUAUCAUUAGUUAUAGCGUCAAUAACAUUAUUUAUUUUAUCGGCUUUUAUCUUAAUUAGGGCUUGCUUUCCUUGUUCAAUAAUUUUGAAGAGUAUACCUAUGCGCAUGCAUAGGAUAGAACAAAGUAGGUACUUAUAAAAAUCCUUUCGUACUUUAAUCACUGCUCACGUAGUUUUGUGAUGAUAAGGCCUCUAUUCAUUGAUUGGCAACCUGAGGGAGCGAUUGCAAGAUGAAAUCAGAGGAGAAGAAAAAUGAUAUUGAGUGUGCAUAUUGUCAGAAACAAUUUAAAUAUGAAAGUGAAAAAAAACGGCAUGAAGAAAGCCAUACACCACGAUUCCAGUGCAAAGUGUGUUUGAAAAAGUUCAGUUUCCUAUCUGCAUUAAGAAGACAUGAGAAACAACAUGAUAGAGUUGAAGACGUCCGGUGUACAGAGUGCAAUCACAAAUUUCGAGAUGAAGCAUUACUUAAAAGGCACAUGAAUUAUGCUCAUAAAGGAACAUUUAUUUGUGACAAAUGCAGUGCAAAAUUCAACAGCGAUGUUGCACUGCGCACUCAUUUGAAAACACACAAACCAGUGUCCGAGCGCCGGUUUCAUUGUCAUUUCAAAGGCUGCAGCAAAACAUUCAAUUUCCAACACCAUCUGAAACAUCAUGAAAUGACACAUACAAAUACUAAACAGUAUCACUGCAGUACAUGUGGUAAAGGUUUCAUUCAGUAUCAUCAUUUGAAAACACACAUGAAAACUCAUAGUUUGGAACGUUACCACUGCACAGUGGUUAGCUGCAAAAAGAUAUUCACUAAUCAAUAUGCAAGGAAGCGGCAUCUUGCUACUCAUGCUACUCAUCUGAGCACAAUAGAUAGCGGAAUAUCAUCAUCUGAUUCAAACUCUGGAUGGGAUAUAACGGACUUGAAAGAGGAAGAGCUUUUGAAGUGUCUUACUUGUAGUCAAUUACUGACAAAGGAACAGUUUAAAGAACACGUCGACGUUUGUAAGAAAGGUUUAGACCAUUCAAUAAAUUCUCCGGUCAAUCAAGUAUCAUCUGACGCGUCCCCUCAAGAUUUAUCAAUACAAAAUAUCAAAGACGUCAGGUAUGAAGUUGAAGAUUUCCGAAGCUGUAAAGCUGUUUUGGGUGGUUGUAUAGUGUCGCAAAAUGGAGAAGUAGAUGAAAAUUGUCUAUGUGCUCAAAUAUCUUCCAAUGUUGACUAUGGAUUAAUACAAAGAGGAAAUUCAAAGGUGGAGACUGUAAUAGGAAAUAUUUUAAAUAAAGUACCAAAUGGAGAUCCAGUGCUGGAGGAAAUACCGAAUGUAAAUAAAAAUAUGAACAGUGUAUUUGAAAAUAACUUCAAUAAAUCUAAUGCAGUUGACGAUGAAAAAGGAUGUAUUGGUUGUGCUUGCAAUCCCAAAGAAAGUCUACAGACCGUCCCAUCGGAGUGCAAAAUUUUCAGUGCUUCUUGUGAUAAAUCCAAAAGAGAAAUGCCAGAACUAGAAUACCGUAUAGAUGGCACAAUAAAACUAAAAGAGACAUUUGAUUCAGACAUAGAAAUGCCUAUAAAUGUUCCAACAGUGGUUAAAACGGCAGAAAAUAAAGAAAUCGCUAGAGAAUUGCCGUUUAAUAAUUGCAAAAGUGUUUUAGGCAAGUGUAUAGCAACAGAGAGUGGCAGUACUGAUGGGUGUCUUUGUGCUAAAAUGGCGUUCAUUGAUUCCGUGGAUGCUGAAGAAAUUGACGAGAUCACACCGCACCCGGUGUUCAGAAUGUGAGAAAAGUGCUAUAGUUCUGCUUUAUUUAGUAUUAGUUGUAACUAUACUUACUUAGUAAAUGACUGAGCUUCAACAAGAUUGUUGUUGUUUUAGAAAAGAGUUGUAGCACAGUAUUGUAUUUCUGUUUUUCAUCAAACAUCUUAACUGAACCAAUAUUUACUAAUACAAUAUAGUCGUAAUUAUAUCAAAGUUAUAAAAGUGGAUAUUGAAUAAUUUUGUUGGUAGUCAGGUCCUUCUGACAAGACGUUUCAAGUCGUUACAUUUAUGUACGUAGAUAGUGUGUAACUAUUAUCUAAAAAAUAUUGCAAAUUGAUUGUAAAUAAUGUGUAAAGAAUGGUCCAAUCUCGCCUGCCUAGCAUUGUCAAACAAUAUAGUAAUAUGGUUUAUAGAGAUCAUAUGCAAUUAUCUUUUCGAUGUAGUGUAUCUGAUAAUUAAUUACUGUGAUGUUAUAUGUACUUUAAAAUGCCAUGUUACUUAUAUUCAUAUACGUGUUAAUAAGAUAUGUUAUCUAUAUUCAAGGAUUUUAUGUGUCUGUUAUAAAUAAAAUGACUAAAAUAUAA